AAUCCUGGAGCUGCUUUGCAAAGAAGACCUCACUAGGACCAGGAGGGAAGCUCUGUAUGACGCAGGGACCCCAGCGGAGGCUCCUGUGUGGAGGGCGGGUGCGUCUGUACUCUGCUGGGCAGAGGUGAUCACGCUGGUCCACGAGAGACAGGGUGGGCAUGCGCCUAAUGGGUGAAGGCGUUGGAAUUCUCUGGCCCCAGCGGUUAGUUGAACACAGCCCUUGAGCAGGUCGGUAGACAACCAGGCUCUCUCUGGAGCCAGCCCUGUCUAAGGACUGCAGGCGAGGGUAGGCAGGGAGAGGUUGAGAACACCUGCCCACCAUGACAGACGCUCCAAAACGAAGGCCAGUCAGAGAGCCCAAGGAUGAGGUGGGUGCAAGAAAAGGGUUUGGACGCUACAAGUGGGAAUUCAAAGACAGCAAUCGAGAGUUCUGGGUUAUGGGACAUGCCCCACUCAAGAUCCUGACUUUGGGCUGCCUCAUCGCUGGACUGUUUCUGUUUGACACGGUAGCCACACACCCCAUCUUGAUUCUGGUCCUCUCUAUGGAGGUGUCCAUCUUCAUCUUCUUCGUAGUUCUCAACACCUUCGCUGUCCACAGAUACAUGCCCUUCAUCUUGUGGCCGGCUGCUGAAAAAGAAGUUGCGGAAAAACUGUUUUCAACUGAUGAGUGAAAGCUCUUGACAAACUAGGACUACAGGACAUUUCCUUAUCUGAGUAAUGAGUAUUUACCCAAAUCUUCAAUAAACACUGUAUUUGAUGAUGAAGCCUUUGUUUAGAAUUCCUGCCACCCUCACUCCUUUCGAACUGAAAAUUUGGUAAAAUAAAAGGCUGUAUGAAGAUGUAGGAGGAAGGGUAGCUGUCUCCAGUUAGGGAGUUCUCACCAGAAACCUGAUUUGCUGGUACUUUGAUCUUGGAUUUCCAGCCCCUAUAAUUACAAAAAAUAAAUAUCUGUUGAAGUCAUCCACUCAGUCAUAAUUUAUAAUGGCAGCCUGAGCAGAAUAUGGGAUUAGAGAAGAGAAUUCAGACUUAUACACAUCUUGUGACUUGUAUAUGACAGAGGUAGCAUUAAAAAACAGUUGGAUAGGGCUAGAGAGAUGGCUCCACAGUUAAGAGCACCAGCUGCUUCUGCAGAGG